AUGUCCGUCACUGCAACAUUAAGCAACGGCGACUCUGUACCGUUAAACUCGCUGGUGGCCGRUUUGAUGUGUCUGAACCGCGUCAAAACCGAAAUACCCGUGAUUGGCUUGGGUUGCAAAUACUUUACGAGUCUCAUUUCCGGUCUCAAGGAAUCGUCCACCGUCGUCGAAUGGAGUCUGAACAAAGCCACUAUCGGCGUGGAUCAUGUGGUCAAAUUUCCGUACGUCAAAGACCAACUGAUGGCCAUCGAUCGGUUGUUGUGCUCUUCGUUGGAUCUGACAGAACUCUCAUUACCUGUGUUGACUAAAACACCGCAAGAAAUUUACAAUGGUAGUGUAGAAUAUGUUAUUGGAAUAGUAACACCGAUUACCAACUGGGUUGACUUGGAGCUUCUGCCCCCAGCAGAAUAUUAUGUCGACCAUUAUUUGCCGGAAUUGGAUUUUGAUCAACAAAUAAAGCCUGUACAUUGUGAAAAGGGUCCAAGAGCAUGCCAAUUAUCCGUGAAGCUUGUUCGCCGUAUCAAACAACAUGCUUACGCUGAACCAAAAUAUUUGGGAAGCCUGAUAUGCAGUUUAUAUGGAGAAUCAAUCUUGCUGGCGAAAAUAUUUGUUUUUGAACCAAAGUUGUUGCCAAAGGCGUUUCGUCAGAUUUGGAAGAAACUCAACGAUGGCGUGACACCGGUUGAGGUAGCUAAUAGCUUAUUGUUGGUGGAGAUGGGCUGUCUACGACUUAGGGAAGGAGCAUCUUUACUAGUCAAAAUGAUGGAAAUCCCUGAACAAAUGGCUAAGUGCUACAUAGAAAUGUUUAUACAAUAUGUGUACGAACAA